AUUGCUAAGCAGCAGAACACUUUGAUUUUUACACUGUUAUUCCAGAAACCCAAAAUAUCUCAGAAUAUAAUCAGGCAGAUAAAUAUUAACAUUACAGAAAUUAUCAGGUUAUAAUACUUUUAUAGAAUCUCAGUAGCUCAAAACAAAUGAAGGCUGAUUUGCAUAUACUUAAUUUGCAUAUGCCUACUUUGAAAUGUACUGGAAAAAACAUAUGCAAAAUCAAUCACAUCAUUUCUAUUAUAGCCGGGUGAUGGAAUGCAUGCAUUGAAGUAGCAUUACAAUAACUAUAAGUUCCAAGAGUCUUCUUGCAAAGAAUGUUUAGCACAAUUAAUGGCUGGGUAUAAUCAGGCUGACAAGAGGAGCAUCCUUGGCUCUUUGUGACAAAUAGGUGGUGUCACAGUGUGACACUAGAGGGCAGACAAGUAUAUCUUUUGCAUCAGUCAAUUUCGGGGUGUCAAGUUCUUAAUCUUUCGGGGUGGGAGGAAUCUUUGGAAUCUUUUUAAAAAAAAUAGUUUUAUUGAUCAUUUUUCAAGUUUAAAAACCACAAGUAAAAAAGAAAAAAUACAAAUACAAAUACAAACAGAUAAAAACACAAACAACAUAACAUAAUAUAAUUUUACAGCUGUAAUAUGUGUAAUAUUGGUAGUUCUUGUCUAUAGUUCUUGGAUAUAGAAUAGAAUAGAAUAGAAUAGAAUAGAAUAGAAUAGAAUAGAAUAGAAUAGAAUAGAAUAGAAUAGAAUAGAAUUUUUUAUUGACCAAGUGUGAUUGGACACACAAGGAAUUUGUCUUGGUGCAUAUGUUCUCAGUGUACAUAAAAGAAAAGAUACGUUCAUCAAGGUACAACAUUUACAACACAAUUGAUGGUCAAUAUAUCAAUAUAGAUCAUAAAGAUUGCCAGCAACAAAGUUACAGUCAUACAGUCAUAAGUGGAAAGAGAUUGGUGAUGGGAACUAUAAGAAGAUUAAUAGUAGUGCAGAUUUAGUAAAUAGUUUGACAGUGUUGAGGGAAUUAUUUGUUUAGCAGAGUGAUGGUCUUCAGGGAAAAACUGUUCUUGUGUCUAGUUGUUCUGGUGUGCAGUGCUCUAUAGCAUCGUUUUGAGGGUAGGAGUUGAAACAGUUUAUGUCCUGGAUGUGAGGGAUUUGUAAAUAUUUUCACGGCCCUCUUCUUGAUUCGUGCAGUAUACAGAUCCCCAAUGGAAGGCAGGUUGUAGCAAUUAUUUUUUCUGCAGUUCUAAUUAUCCUCUGAAGUCUGUGUCUUUCUUGUUGGGUUGUGUCUAAUAAACACAAUUAUGGUUCCAGUUCUAUCCUAUGUUCCACCACAUAUGAUAAAAUGUUCCAGAUUUAUGGAACAACACAACAACAGCCCUGGGGGGACUCUAAUACAUUUGGAGAAGAGGGCUCAUAUUUCAGUAAAUGAAGACAUUGUCAGUUGCAAAGGAACAGUUUAUAAAAUGACACCUCUAUCACUUCUUGAUAUAUAUGUCCUAUUAACCUGCUUAUCUUUGUCUCAUUUUCUGAGCAAGUGGACACAACUCCAGACUUAACAACGGACAGCAUCAACUCACUAUUUUUAUUUUCUUUUAAAAAAAGUUUAUGGAAAUAAAGAAGAUGAAAAGAGUUGAUAAUUUGCUUUGCAGCAUCCUUCCCCAUCACCCUUUUUUCUUUUUCUUUUUCCAAAAUUGCAAAAGAUCAGAUGCAGCAAGAAAUCUUGGGAGAAUGUAUGGAUAAUGUCACCCCUAUAUGCCAAGCUGGGGACCCCAGAUGGCCAUUCAUUUGACAUCCUAACAAGAUUCAGGCCAGAAAACUCCAAUGAAAUUAAGAUGGUUUAAAGUCAUAUGCCGUCUACUUUAAAGCAAACAAAUGAGAGUACCAAUUUGGGUGGGGGGAAAUCUGCCAUUGUAUAUUCUAGUAUUUCAAACAUCUUGUAUUUGUGUCUUUCUCAGUCUAGGCAACACCAGGGGCUCUCUACAACUAGAACAAUUUUUUCCAGCAGGCAGAAAAGAGGAUUCAUACCACAGCAAAUGGGAGGGGGCAGGUCAGGUUAGGGAAGACUGCUGCAUGAGAUUUUUAAAAUCUGUGCUAUAGAACAUUUUUAAACUGUGUUUUAAUAGAAAUUAACAGUAGGGUUGCCGUAACCUUUCCUCCAUAUGCGUUGAGUUUGAAGCUCUCAGAAUUACAAACCAACAUGGCCAAUGAGAGUGACUGGGUAAGGUGCCCAUGGAAAAUCGGAGUCUAAAACUGCGUCUUCCAUAUUCGUCCUUUUCCUCCUGUUCAGCAUCUUGGUCAUUUUAGCGUUCCCACGAAGCCUCGUGCUGCGGCUGUGGUUCAAGGCCGGGCAGAUUUUACCUAGACUUCGUAACAAUCCGUAACAAAAUUCCCUAUAUUGUACUUCGAAGCUGAAGGAUCUUUUCGGCCAGAAUUUCCUUUGUUUCUCUUUUUUUCACUCGCGGCGCGUUUCCGAGAACUGCUCACUUUUCUCUCCCAACACUCGCCUCCCAUCUUGGGAAAUCGCGCCACUUUCGCCUUGGGGAUCCUGGCCGCCGUCGGAAAGAACUUGCUCUCUGGGCCGACGGAAUGAGUUUGCUGUCUUCACUCGUGGCUCAAGACCAGAUGGCGGUUAUCGUAGUGGACACUGACAGCCACCCCGAAGAAACAUCCACCUUCUCCGAGACAGCUUUGACAUUCGAGGAUAGACGUUUUCCUGAGAUCAUCUCUGUCAGUUCAAUGGAAGGAACACCUCCUGCCGGUCUGCUUGGGCCAAACGCAAUAGACAGCUACAGUUCUGAUCUUGACAUUUCUACAAGUUCUGUGGAAGAAAUAAGCACCUCUAAGUUAAGCAAAGAAAAUAUUGCACAUGAAGUGAAAUAUAAUGAGAGGCAUAUUGAAGAUAUCUGUAUAUGCUGUGGAGGGUUUGAGAUUCACACUCAACAUCCUUUGUUUCAUGGAGGGAUGUGUGCUCCUUGUUCGGAAAAGUUUUUGGAAAGAUUCUUCCUGUGUGAUGAUGAUGGCUACCAAGCUGAUUGUACCAUUUGCUGCUGGGGCAAAUCUCUAAUAAUGUGUGAUCAUUCAGCAUGUCACAAAUGCUUUUGUGAAGAAUGUGUGGACACCCUUGUUUAUCCUGGGUGUGCAGAAAAAAUAAAAAAAACAACUACCUGGAUAUGCUUCAUGUGUGCACCUCAACGUGUAAAUGGAUUGCUAAAGAGGAGAAUAAAAUGGCGUGCAGUUCUGAAACAUUUCUAUGAUCAAGAAUCUAACAGCCCUAAUACAUGGAUAUAUCAGCUAUUGUCUCCAUGGGAGAGAAAGUCAAUCCAUGUGCUUUCACUUUUUGACAAUAUUACAGAGGAAUUGAAAAACUUGGGUUUUCUAGAGGAAAGGAGAGGCAAUGGAUACCUAAAGUACAUGGAUGAUGUCACAGAUGUGAUAAGAACAAAUAUAGAAGAAUGGGGUCCAUUUGAUUUUAUUUUUGGCUCAACUCCUCCUGUAGCAAAAUUUUACAAACAUCCAUCUGCCUGGUAUUUUUACCAAUAUUUUCGUAUACUUCAGUAUGGAAGUCCUGAAGAAAGAAAUAAAAAGCCAUUUUUUUGGCUAUUUGUAGACAACAUUGUCUUGGAUGAAGAAGAGAGAGAUGCAGCUUCUCGCUUUUUUCAGAUGGAAGCAGUUCUCAGAUAUAAACAAGAUGACAGCAAUGUCCAGAAUGCAGUGCAUAUCUGGAGCAACAUUCCAUCUGUUAAUAGCAAAUACUCUGCUUCAGCAUUGAACAUGGAUUUAUCUCUCUUGGCAGACAACAUUUGCAGAUCUAGAAUUUUCUCUCAACGUCCAGCUACACUGAUUAGAGAGUUUUUUGUUCCUUUGAAAGACUAUUUUAGGGCCUUUUCAUAAGCCAAUCUUGCACCUUGAAUCCAAAGCAAAGACUUUU